AUGUCGGACCACGGCUCUGACGCCUCAGAGGGCAAGGCACCGCCUCACAUCCGACUAAACUCGGGCCGACAGGAUCCUUUCUAUGAGACAAAUGACGGCUAUGCGCCUCUCACGUCGCGGACAUUUCCCCGGCCAUUGACGCCACAGGUCCCAGAAACACCUACGCCGGUACGCUCUCGAGGGAUGUCAUCACCAUACGGCGCAUCAAAUGUCCCCGAGUCCUCGGAAUUCCUGUUGCCUCCAAAGUUGAGGCCUACACAGGGGCAAGGCGUGAGUGAGACUGAUCGUCCUCGAUCUCCGGACCGGUGGUCUGCGGCUCGCUCGAGUAUCAGCUCUAUGAGUUAUGAGAGUUCUUUCCCCUUCGAUCCGUUCCACGAUUCGAGGGCGCCUUCGCAUGCUGGUAGUGAGGAGUACGAUGUCAAUACGCAGACUGUGUCGGGGAAGUUCAAUAUCAUGCCCACUGACGGGCUGUUGUUGUUCCCUGAGGAUGUGGAGAAGGAUGACUACUUGCAUAACCCGGACCCGGCGGACAAGGAUCGAGAUUGUGAUAUCUGGAAUCGACGGGGUGUCGUGAAUGUCGGCAGUCUGGCGAUUUUCACAUUAGGUCUUCUGGUGCUUUUUAUUGGUUACCCACUCAUAACUUGGUUGGUGGGCUUCGCAAAACAUCAUCAUGGUACAUGCCACCCCGCAGACACUUUGUGUUUGGAAGUUGGGGAGCGACCAUUGUUGCAAAACCUGCGCAAAGGCUUGAUUGACCCAGACACACCGGAAGAGGCAUAUACCAAGAAAAACGCCAAGGGAAAGGAGAUGAAGCUAGUGUUCUCCGACGAGUUUAAUAUGCCCGGCCGAACGUUCUUCGAGGAUGAUGAUCCGUUCUUCCAAGCAGUCGAUAUAUGGUACGGAGUAACAGCGGACAAAGAGUGGUAUGACCCCGACGCCGUAACCACGGCAGAUGGCACCCUCCAGCUUCGAUUCGACCACUUCGAAAACCACGGUCUCCACUACCGAUCCGGUAUGGUACAAAGCUGGAACAAGCUCUGCUUCAAGGGGGGUCGUCUCGAAGCUAGCAUGUCCCUCCCGGGAGAUGGACACAUACAAGGUUUCUGGCCUGGCUUCUGGGCAAUGGGCAAUCUGGCUCGUCCUGGCUAUGCUGCUACCACCGAUGGUAUGUGGCCAUACAGUUACCAUAAUGGCUGUGAUGCGGGCAUAACCCCGAACCAGAGUUCUCCCGAUGGUAUCAACUGGCUGCCCGGUAUGCGGUUGCCCGGAUGUGCCUGCCCUGGUUCAGAUCACCCGACUCCUGGUGUUGCACGCAGUGCUCCUGAAAUCGAUGUGAUUGAAGGCAGCACAGCUCCGCUAUAUGGUGACAGCGGUCCCUACGUUGGCAGUGCGUCGCAGAGUUUGCAGACUGCACCAUUCGACCUGUGGUACCUGCCUGAUUAUGAUUUCGCCGCCGUUUACGACUCACGGGUCACCAAAAUUAACGACUACCGAGGCGGUGUUUACCAACAGGCAAUGUCCAGCCUAACCAACCUGAAUACCCGCUGGUAUAAUGGCACCGAAUUCCAGACAUACUCCUUCGAGUAUACACCCGGCGCAAAAGGCGAUGUGACUUGGUUCGUCGGCGCCGAAAAGACUUGGACACUAGACGCCCGCGCUAUCGGACCCAACGGCAAUAUCGGUCAGCGCAUGAUCCCACUCGAGCCCAUGGCCUUGAUCAUGAAUAUGGGUAUGGCGGAUAACUUUGCGCCGCAGAACAAGAGCAUCAUCGAUUUCAUGCCUGCUAUCUUACGCUUCGACUACGUCCGAAUCUACCAGGACCCUGAUGAGGAGAGUGUUACUUGUGACCCGCCGGGUUAUGAGACGACUGGGUAUAUUGAGAAACAUCGCAAAGCGUAUGAUAAUGCGAACUUUACAACUUGGGACGAGGCUGGGUACCAUUGGCCUAAAAAUUCUUACAUGCACGGCUGCUCGGCUAAUUAG